CUCGAAGCCAAGGGAGCCCCUAGGGGAUCGACCUCUUGCCUCCCAUGUGUACCCAAGCUGGGUCCCAAGCUAGCACACCUCCCGCACAUCACCCGAGCGGAAGCGGCGGCGCGUCCGUCGGUCCGUCCUUCCGGCCUGCCGUCCGCCAACUUCCGGCGGCGGGUGGGCGCGCGCCAGGUAACGAGCUUCUGCGCCGAGGCUCGGCCGUCGGCGGCGUGUGGAUGGAGGCCUUGGCCCCGGGCCGGGCUCCGCGGGGCCGGCGGCGGGCCGGGGCCUCGGGCUCCGUGCUCUCGCCGCUGUCGCUGGCCGCCGUCCUGCUCUGCGCCUUGCUGCGGGCGCCCCCUGCAGUUGGAUAUUUGGCUCGAUUGCCAAGAAGUAUUCACUUGACUCAAGAUUCACUGAAAAUAGUGGGAUCAACACAUUUUCCUGUGAGCGUAUAUGUUAUGCUUCAUCAAAAGAGUCCACAUGUGCUAUGUGUCACCCAACGACUGAGAAAUACAGAGCUGGUAGACCCAUCAUUCCAAUGGCAUGGGCCAAAAGGAAAACUUGUUUCAGAAAAUACCACUGCACAAGUGACAUCCACAGGAAGCCUCAUAUUUCAGAGCUUUGAAGAGACCAUGAGUGGGGUUUAUACAUGUUUCCUCGAGUAUAAACCAACUGUAGAGGAACCUGCUAAAAAUCUUCAGCUGAAAUACAUUGUUUAUGCUUAUCGUGAACCUCGUUUUUAUUACCAAUUCACAGCUCGAUACCAUGCAGCUCCCUGCAAUAGUAUCUAUAACAUUUCUUUUGAGAAGAAACUUCUUCAGAUUUUAAGUAAACUGGUUCUUGACCUUUCGUGUGAAAUAUCCUUGAUUAAGUCUGAAUGCCAUCGUGUUAAAAUGCAAAAAGCUGGUUUGCAAAAUGAAUUGUUCUUCACAUUUUCAGUUGCAUCUAUAGACACUGAAAAAGGAUCCAAGCCAUGUACAGACCAUAGUUGUGAAGCUUCCAAAAGAUUAUCUAAGGCUAAAAAUCUAAUAGAGAGAUUCUUCAUUCAGCAAGUAGAAGUCCUGGGCAAGCGUGCGGAGCCACUGCCUGAGAUAUACUACAUUGAGGGAACCCUUCAGAUGGUGUGGGUUAACCGCUGCUUUCCAGGGUAUGGCAUAAACGUCCUGAAGCAUCCAAAGUGCCCAGAAUGCUGUGUGGUCUGCAGCCCUGGAUCCUUCAAUCCCCGGGAUGGAACUCACUGCCUCCAGUGCAACAACAGCCUGGUGUAUGGAGCGAAGACAUGCAUGUAGGCCAGGGCCUUGUGGGACCCAAUAGCUCAUUCAACAUAAAAGUAUAUUUUUGAAGUACUAAAGUAUAAUAACUCACUAUUAUGCCAAAAUUAAAUAAUCAGAAUUU